GCAUCACUUCACCACCACUGCAAAUAUUCCUGUACCUGAUGCCUUUCCCUCUCCACUCUCCCCUGUACCUCUCUUCUCCCCUCUACCCUCCUAUAAAAGCAGCAGAAAUGCUAACACAGCCAAAAUUCUCUCAAUCGAAACCUUUACACUAAGAACCGAAGUACUAUCUCCGGAAUUCUCCAGAAGUUUCUAGAACAGUAUAUACCUGAAACAGCUACCAAUGGGAGACUGUAACAGCGAUGACUUCCGGACCUACACCUCCGCCACUUCUUUUGUCGACGAUCGGCGAUUCUCCAAACACGUUCAUGACAAUGUCCACGGCAACAUCUAUCUCGACCGUCUAUCUCUGAAGUUCAUUGACACCGAACAAUUUCAGAGGCUUCGUGAUUUGAAGCAGCUAGGUCUUACAUACAUGGUCUAUCCUGGGGCUGUGCACUCUCGAUUUGAGCAUUCCCUAGGGGUCUAUUGGCUGGCCAGUGAUGCUGUAAACAGACUUAGGACCUGUCAAGGACGGGAGCUUGGCAUUGAAUCUUUUGAUGUACAGACCGUGAAACUUGCUGGAUUACUACAUGAUGUGGGUCACGGGCCAUUCAGUCACAUGUUUGAGCGUGAAUUUCUUCCUCGGGUUCGUGACGGCCUUAAGUGGUCCCACGAAGAUAUGUCUUUGAAGAUGAUAGACUACAUUGUUGAUGAGCAUGGCAUAGAUAUUGAUUCUGACUGUCUGAAGAAAGUGAAGAUCUUUAUUUUCAGUUUGUUGUGGAACUUUAUUUUGGAUUCAAGGGAAAUGAUAGUUGCUUCUGAGGAAGGUAAUUCAGUGAGCUCGAAGGAGAAGCAGUUCUUGUAUGACAUUGUUGCUAAUGGGCGAAAUGGAAUAGAUGUUGACAAAUUCGAUUACAUAGAGCGUGACACCAGAGCUUGUGGUCUUGGGUGCAAUUUUCAGUUCCAGAGGCUACUGGAAACAAUGCGUGUUAUGGACAAUGAAAUAUGUUAUCGCGCGAAGGAAUAUCUUACAAUCCACAAGCUAUUUUCCACACGUGCUGAUUUGCAUCGUACGGUCUAUAUGCAUCCAAAAGUGAAGGCAAUAGAGCUCAUGGUUGUAGAUGCCUUGAUAAAAGCCAAUGACCAUCUUCAAAUUGCUUCGUACAUUGACGAACCAGCUCAAUACUGGAUGUUAGAUGAUACAAUAGUCAAAAGAAUUGAAACUUCUACUGAUCAAGAGCUAGAGGAAUCCAGAAAUCUGAUUCGUCGAAUUCGGAGGAGGGAUAUAUACCAGUUCUGUAAUGAGUUUGCUGUUCCCAAGGAGAAGCUGGAGCAUUUCAAGAAUGUGACAGCUCAAGAUAUAGCUUGUUCCCAGAAUUCUGAUGCUCAUUUGAAUGAGGAAGAUGUCAUUGUUACUAAUGUCAAAAUUGAUUUGGCUAGUGGAAGGAAUAAUCCAUUGGAAAGGAUCAGCUUCUUCCAGGAUUACGAUAGCUUUGAGAAAUUCCCUAUAAAGGAUGACCGCAUCAGUCACUUGUUGCCUGCAUGUUACCAGGAUAUGAUUGUUAGAGUUUAUACCAGGAAAUCUGAACUGGUAGAAGCUGUUUCUGAAGCAUUCGAGAAUUUUCAGUUGAAGACUUACGGGAAGAAAACACAAGUACAUGCAACUCCUGAAAAGAAGAAACGCCUGAAGUACUAGGAUCGAUGAAAAUGGCUUUUGUUGGCUUCUAGCCAGAUGUACAUACUCGGUAUACACAUGAACAGUAGAUUCUCAUUUUCCUCAGAUAUGAGAAGGUAUAGAUGUAAAGUCCAUGAAUAUGGCUAAACUGAUAUCACUCUGGUUGAUCUUGUUAGUCUAGCUGCAUGAAGUCUUAGUUGAUCCUGCAAGUAUAGGUUCUAUAAUGGCAUCGGUAUAAUGAUGUUAGUCACGUGUAAAGAGUAAAAAUUGGUACCAAUUAAAGGGAACCUCUCGCCAAUGGUGCGCAUAAUGAUCCUGUGAAUUCUUUUAUAAGGUUUGAGUGAAUGACCGAAUUCACUACUUAUAUUGCC